GGGAAGAAGAAUAUGGAUUACUUGAACCUUUUGAUGCAUAAGAUGGAGAGCUGUGAGCAGGGCCCCAUUGAGACCUUUUACAAGGUCGAAUGGAGGGGGCCAAGAUAAGAUCUGUAGUUCUAUUCUGGAAUCCAAACAAAGAAAGUAACUAAAUAGGCAUCGAGCCGUUCAGAUGAGACCCGAAGAACAGGAAGAAUAAAUAGCAAAGGGAAUCCCCGACUUCCUAGAAUCACAAGGUAGCAUAGCCCGUUAAGUGAAGUAGUGCGCGAAAAGGAAUGAUUUGAUAAAGCAGUAGCCGGCUCGGGGGUAGGAAAAGGUGGGUCAGUCUAGAGCCAGACGACUCGUGAAGAGAGAAAGCAUCUGCCCCUUCUAUUGACUUAGAUGAGGAGUUUACUAUUCUACUGAGAAGGUUUUCACAUAUUUGACCCGGUCAGGAGAAAAGAUACAGAAAUAUGAUUUGGAUGAAUCUUAUUUCAAUCCCUAUAGAGAAAGUGCGGGUGAGGAUAAUUCUUUGACAGAAAAGGAUGUCUGUCAGAGUGUAAUCUCUAGCCAAAGGCUAGACAAGUUCUUUAGUCUGGAGGUACCGGAGGACAUUAGAAAUGACAAACGAAGACUUAAAGUCUGGAAUGCUAACGUCUCGCGUUUUAAACAGCACUACUAUGGCUAUUGUCAUUCUGUAUGCGGCGAGAAUCUUUGUUGGAAUGCCCAUCAAGAAAGGUGGGAGAGCUUUGAGAGAAAGCUCACUGGAAAGUAUUGUUUACACCAUUAAUGAGAUAUUUUAUCAACAGAGCUUAUUCAACAACGGCGGAAAGCAGACAAAAAGAAGCUUCCGUCUUAUUGAAUCAUAUGAUUUCCCGGGUUGACCGAUCUAAAUGCCAACACCCCCAUCCAGGGCUAAUCAUAGCCUCUCAUACCUUCAAAGAGCCAUACUUCGCUUUUAGCGAUUUUGAUCAACUCAGUCUGGCUAUCAUGGAUCUCUUACUCCGGGGUGCUUACCCUUACUUAUCGGGUUCGAAUUACGCUAAGUUCAAUGUUUUAUUUACAAUGUUUACCUCCGGCGGGACACCUACCACCUUUGCGGCUGGUCGUGCUAUCGCCUUGACUUAACUUAUGAAGAUGGAAAGUGAAUUCCAAAGAGUGAGAUAUAUGCUCUUUUAAAUGAACGAAUAAUCGAUUUGAUCGAAAAAUACGAAGGAUAUUUGGUUAUUGGAGUCACAAUCCGAGUCUUUUUGGAGACUAAAUUAAAGGAGGCGCAGUACCUCUCUGCCGAGGUUAGGGAAAAGAUCCUUAUCGAAUUCUUAAAGGUUCGAUAUUAACGGAUAUCAAGCCAAGAAAGGCAAAAGUUCUCCGAUAUCGGAAGCGUAAUUAUCCAACCCAUAUCACAGCACUGAAAUCUGGUUCAACUAGGCUGAAACCCUUCCUGGUUGCCGAUACCGAGACUAUACUAAUAGAUGUCAAGUCCACUCCCGAUCCCGAGACCGGUGAGGAGGAUGUGACCAAAGUUCAUUUUCCUUAUGCUGCAGGUGUCUUGCUGGUUCGUCCCGGUGUGGUGAUCGAUAAAGGUCGAAUUUAUACCUACUACAGCGAGGAUUACACUUCUAAAGUCUUCAAAAGCUUUGAAGAAAGGAUAAGUUACUUACGCACUUUGUCUAUAGGUUAAUUUCAAUUAUUAAGCAGAAUCCUUCGAUUCAAACUGUAUACUUCCAUAACUUCUCACGAUUCGAUGGAAUUUUCUUGGUGAAGCACCUAGCGUUACAUCAUUCCAAUUUUAGGCUAAAACCUCUGGUGAGGAAAAAAUCUACGAGAUAGCCGUCUAUACAGGUAAUAGACUCUUAUUCCGCAGGAGAGACUCCUUGCAUCUACUCCCUGGCAAGCUGCAUGUCCUAGCUAAGAAUCUAUGCAAGGGAAUUGGCGGGAAAGGCUCUAUCGCCUAUGACGAGGUAAGCCUUGAAAAUUUUCUUAUUAAGAAAAAAGAGUAUAUCGAAUAUAUGAAAAAUGACAUUUUUGGUGAGGUAGUGCAAAAAGCCCAAGAGUUAUAUUGGAAGAACUACAAGAUCGACAUAGAAUGCAAGGUAACUCUUUCUUCAGUGGCUCUAACCAUCUUUCGUAUGAAGUACUACGACGUUAACUCCCAACAAGCACCGGGUGACGCGAAAGCCGUUUUAGUUAGUCACUAAAGCCGUUUUCUUGCUCCUUAUGUAAUGCAUGAUUUUCCGAUGCCUGGAGGUGAGCCUGAGUGGCAUGGAAAUCUGGGUGAUAAGGACUUAGAUAGCCUCUUUGGCUUUAUUGAGGCAUAUGUGGAAUGCCCCGAGACUAUAAAGAGACCCUUCCUUCCCUUUCGGGAAAAAAAAGGGGGGUCUUUUAUUGGUGUCUACUAUAGUGAGGAGUUAAAGUAUGCAAGAGACAUAGGCUACACUGUGAUCCCGCUCUCAGGCUACCUCUUCCAGAAGAAGGAAAGCCCGUUCAAGGACUAUGUUAGCACUCUUUAUAUAUAAUAGAAGAUUAAAGGCUAAGAAGGAAGGAAAUGACGCCCUUGCCUAAGAACCUUUUGAAUUCGCUGUACGGAAGGUUUGGAAUUAACCCUAAAAGCACGAUAACCUUGAUCUGCGAUGACAAUAAAUAGAACAUAUUUUUGAAGAAGGAUUCAUUUAUAGACGGUCAUAAGCUUAAAGAAAACAAUUGGGUGUUAUGGUACCAUAACAAUAUGGAGGAAGCAUCUUCGUUUAGCAACUCCUCCCUUCUCAAGCGCUCUUCCUCUCUUCUCACUUGCUGGAUGAGCUGUUCUUGUUCCUUCUCGAGAUCCAGGAUCCGUUCUAUGACUGGCUCUGUUGGCAUGCCCCGCUCUUCGCGCCAGCACACUUGGCGUUCGAACUCAGCAAACUCACCCUCGAUUUGAUCAAGUCUCUUCUGCAAUAGUUCUAUCCCUGAGGAGUGAUAAUAGUAGCGGUCUUCAUGUUUCACGGCUGGAACAGCGGCAUUCACCGUAGCAGUUUCGUUCAACGAAGGAGCAGCAGUGGUUGUAGCAGUGGUAUUGUCAGCAUUUGGAGACCCUUUUCUUUGUCUUUUCCGGGGAUAUGUAGUAGCUUAACCUUAAGGAACGUAGUCGCUUAAGCGAAGCUUUUGGUAUGUAAUCGCUUAUGUUAAGCUUAAGGAAAGAGAAGGCUAGAUCUAACAGAUAAUAGUGGUAUUCUUACCUAGGAACUAGAGCAGACGCAGACCUUUCAUCUAUUGUCUUAUCGUCUUCUCUUCCUAGUUAUAUCUUCCUGUAGUUCCAGGAAGCAAGGGAGCUAUGGAAGAGCGUAGGAGAGAGAGCAAGGAGGAUUUAUUAUCAUUUGUAGAAGGAAAGGCUAUACCAUUGACUUUGGGUGAUGGGACACCUUUACCAAAGGGUGAGGUUUUAGGUCAUAUUUAUAGUCGUAUUUUAUAUAAAGGUGAGUCAUACGUGGGGGAACUAGUGCCUAGAGUCGGGAUUCGCUUCUACACGGAGGCGGGUAAAAAGAUAGAAAUUCUAUCCGUUUCUUCUGAUGACAGAACUAAACAACUGGAGGAGGCCCUUCGUAAUCAAGUAGAGGUCGGUUCUUUGCCAACGAUUACACCUAAAAAGAUAAGAAAUCGUAAGAAAACAUAUUACAGCAGUAUAACUCCUGUUAAAUGCAAUUCUAAGGAGUUAAACCCGUUCUUGGUUGCCGACACUGAGACUCUUUUACUUGAUGAAAUUCACCAACCGUAUGCUGCCGGUGUUAUGAUGGUUCAUCCUGGUGAUAACAUCAAAAACAAUAGUCGAAUCGAUUCAUACUUCAGCGAGGAUUACACUUCAGAAGUCUUCAAAAGCUUUCAAGCAAGGAGCUCUAAGUUACUUAGCGACUUUAUACAUAGGAUUAUUUCAAUUAUUAAACAAAACCCAGCAAUACAAACCGUGUACUUCCACAACUUCUCACGAUUCGAUGGGAUUUUUAUCCUGAAGCACCUAGCGUUACAUCAUUCCAAUUUUAGGCUAAAACCUCUUAUGAGGAAUAAUAGAAUUUAUGAAUUAGCAGUAUACGCGGGUAAUAAAAGAAUCUUUAGCUUUCGUGACUCUCUGCAUCUCCUUCCAGGAAAGCUAGAUAGCCUUGCUAAGAGUCUAUGCCCUGGUCUUGGUAGUAAGGGUUCUUUUGAUCAUAAAAAAGUGACAGUCGAAAAUUUGGGUAAGAUGAGAGCUAGCGUGUUAAUGUAUAUGGAGCAAGACAUACGUCUUCUUGGGGGUGUAAUGCAAAAUGCCCAAAGGUUGUAUUGGACACACUACAAGGUGGACAUUGUGAGCGUGCUCACUUGUUCAGCUAUGGCUCUGAAAAUCUUUCGCAAGCAGUUUUACGAUGAUCAAUCAUUCCCCAUCCACAUCCCUAAUCGGAAUGAAGAUACCUUCAUUCGUCGUGGAUACUAUGGAGGUCAUACAGACGCUUACAAGAAAUUGGGUAGAAACCUAUUCUACUAUGAUGUGAACUCACUCUAUCCGUUCAUUAUGAAAAAAUGUCCCAUGCCAGGAGGUAAGCCAGUCUGGGAUGGUAAUCUGGUUGAUAAGGACAUAGAUAGCCUAUUUGGAUUUAUAGAGGCUUUUGUGUCAUGCCCUUCUUCAGUCAAAAAACCUUUUCUCCCCGUUCGGGGAAAAGAUGGUACACUUCUCUUCCCCACGGGUGAUUUUGUUGGUGUAUACUAUAGCGAGGAGUUAAAGUAUGCAAGAGACAUAGGCUACACUGUGAUUCCAGUCAGUGGGUACCUCUUCGAGAAGAAGGAAAGCCCUUUCAUAGAAUAUGUGAAUUCUCACUUCGAUAGUCGAUUACAGGCAAAGAAAGAUGGAAAUGAAGCUUUGUCAUUUGUUUAUAAAAUCCUUAUGAAUUCGCUCUAUGGAAGAUUUGGUAUCAACCCAAAUAGCACUAAAACGGAGUUAUGCGAUAGCGAGCGCUAUCACUUUUUGAUGAAACAAGAUUCCUUCAUUGGUUUUCAUCCGAUUAUAGAAAACCUAUACAUGGUAUCCUAUCAUACUGUUACGGCUGAUGAUAACAUUCAUUGGGCUCAGCCUAAGAACUCCGCAGUUCAACUUUCCGCCGCAAUCACUGCAUGCGCUAGGAUCUACAUGCACCCAUUUAUAUCAAGGGAUGACUGCUACUACACAGACACAGACUCUAUCGUUCUUGCCAAUCCUCUUCCAGAGGGCUUAAUAUCUUCCAAAGUCUUAGGGUUGUUUAAAUUAGAAGAUAAAAUCAAAGAAGGAUACUUUUUGGCGCCAAAAGCAUAUGGCUAUAUUUCCGAAGAAGACACAAAUGUAAUUAAGUUCAAAGGACCAGCAAAACACCUGGUGGAUAUUUCUUGGUUCAGAGAACAGCUCGCUAACCCUUCUCGUAGGAUGAAAGUCCAAAUCAAAAAUGAAUUCGGGAUUGAUUGGGACAACCAGACUGUCGGUGUUAAAGAAUAUGAUUACAGUUUGGGGAUUAAACUGAACAGUAAGAGGAUUACUCAACCUGAUGGAGAGACUUUACCCAUUGAAGUCAAUGAUAUGUGUGGGGUAGCCAAAUCACUUUUUAAAAAGCUAAUGAAACUGCAGACAACGAAUACUCUUCUUAAUGAGAAGUUGUCUCAGAAGGAAAGAGAGAGUGAAAAGAGAAUGGAUGGUGUGAUAGUAGAAGAGAUAAAAAAGAUUGAAUAUUUGGGUAUUAAUAUAGAGACUACUCUUACUGAAGAAAGCACUCAAUUAGAUAAAGAAGAAAGCGAUGUAACUAAGACAGAUUCUAAGAAACCAGAUACGUAGCUUAAGAGUACACUUCGUUAACCCACGCUAGUUUAAUAAAACCAUACUGUCUGGCCAGAAGGAGCUUAGCCUGUCCGGAGAUAGUGUAGUUAGAAGCAUAAGCUAUUAGACUAAGCAGUAAAGCUAGUAAGACCAGCUGUUAAAUAAGCCAUAUCUGUCUUAAACCCGUUGCUAAAGCUAGUAAGCAUACUCCAGCUACUAAACAGCUUGCUGCUAAAGCCUUUGAGCCUUAGGCAUAAGCUGUUAAAGACUGUGCUGCUAAGUAAGACUACUCCAUCUAGCUAACAGCUUCUUUCUUUCCAGUUGCUUCCUUCGGUAAGGGAUGUCCGGGUGGAUAUCCCGCCUUACUACUAGGCGAUGUCCCCAAGGAUAUCGUCUAGCAUCCGUGAAACUCUCAGGUUGGAAUAAGACUAGGAGAAGAAGUAAUGCAAAGAGAUAGAAAAACUACCUGAUUAAUUCAAUCCUGCCCGGCCGGCCGGAGAUAGUGUAGUUAAAGACAGUGAAGCUAAAGACAGUAGACAGUACCUGAUUGAUUCAAUACUCCUUGCAGCUGGCUGCUCUCCUUAAUUUCACAAAGAAAAGAAUUGAGUGGUUUUAGCUCCUUGCCCUUAGUGAAGCGAGUUAGUUGUCCUGUUAGCGGUAGUUCUUUUUGUUGUUUUCCUCUCAUCGUUAGCCAGCCUGUUUUCGUUGUUGGAUAAGAACUAUGUGUUUGAUGCCGUCGAGUCAGGGAAGGGUAGAAACAAGGACAUCUAUUACUUUCCUUAGUCAUCUAGCCAGCAUUUUAUGUCUUCUUUAUACAGUUAUCUAAUUAUAGAAGGGAAUUUCUAUUUUGUAAAAAGGCCAGCCAAUGAAAGCUGUCUGAUAUAGGUAGGCCUAACACAAGUUUAGAAAAAAAGGCUUUAUUUUAGGCCUCUAGUGAAAGAGUAAAGUAAGGAAUUCCAGGCAGGCGAUAGGGGCUUCGGGGGAUAAGAUUCAUCGUAUAAGCCUGAACCCUAUUAGUUAUGUGCUUCCCCUUCAUACCCUAACCCUAAUAAAGUGCUUACUAGCAUAUAGUAAUGUACAGAUUCACUCUUUAUCUAAUAUAGUUGCUAAUAGUUAGUUAAGCAUUAGGCGCAACUUCUAUAAUAGAAAGCAUUCAGUGUUGAUCUUAUCUUUCUGUAUUCAAGCUUUUUGUCAAGGAGCUCUGAUUCCACUUCUAUCGUUAGAGGGAAGCAUAGUUGGGAUCUCUUCCAGCGGCGAAUAAAGGAAUAGCUACUUACCCAUAGAGAGAGAAGACAGCUACAGAACACCAUUGAAAGUUAAGAAGUCCAGCUCUUUGUCAAUACGAACCGACCCUAGCUUGCUUGGCAUAAACUCCUUUACUUCGGACAGCCCUUCCUUCAGCAAGGGAAGCCAGCCUUUCCUUAACCUUGCUCGGGCUGAGGCUUCUUCACCCGGCCGGGCUUCAAAGUCAGAGUCGGAACUAUUGAAUUGAACCUCUUCCACUCGGGAAAGCUGCAGUCCUUCCUUACCUUUCAUGGGAUGAGACUGCCCCACUCUCUUUCUUGCUGUCUGGCUUUGUUGGUUGCUUUUUUUCUAGCUGGAAAAGCCCUCCCCUUCUUAAGUUUCAUGUGUGUGUGCACGAGCCAAUUCAAGCUAUAGCCCGCUCUCGCUUCUGUACUCUUUUCCCAUCUCUCUCGAUAUCCUUCUUUCAUCCUUGCCAUCUUCCCAACGAAAUUGAUUGGUGCCCUGUGUGACAUAGACUUAACGCUGACUACAUCCAGGGAAGUCCGUCGGGUGGGCCACAACCCGCGGCAAUCAUGCCUGGACUAACGAGAGAAAUCUCUCUCUUCCGCGCUUUUCACUCCUUAACCUUCGCUUAAGCGACUACGUACCUUAACUCGACGAUUCCCCACUACCCUCGUGCUCGCUUAUAGAAACCUAUAUAUAUUUCCUACCUGGAGAAAUCUUUCCUAGGCUGCUUUCCACCGUUCAAACUAUCCGCUAUUCGGGCUUCCCUUGAGACUGCUCACAACCUUUUCUUGACUCUGUCUUUUCAUACAGCUUCGAAACCUACUUCCUACCAGGAGAAGAUGUUAUUGAUUCUCUUUGAAGGUGGGGGACCCUAUUCACAGGGAUUGCACACCCCUCACCUAAUUGAGAUAGAAUCUGAAUACCCUUACAUUUUGUAGAGAUAUAAGGCACCAUUCUAGGAUUCCAUUUUUCGAGUACCGUGACCGAAAUGAACUCCCGCUUCCAUUUGAGUGAUGUCUCUCCCUUUGAUAUAGUACUCAUGAAUCCACCUGACCCAGACCUUGUCUUUUUUGUUUGCUAAAUUCCAAAGCAACUUACAAACAGAUGCUUUGUUCCAGCAAGAAAACGGAUGCGCGAAAGUCACGCCUUUCACUAAAUAUGCGUUUUUUCUUGCUCUCUCGAAAAGAGCUCGGACACUAAAGAACGAAGCGAGUAAGGAAGGGGAAUACCAGAUUGUUCAUGCUGCUAAAGAGAAAACUAGUAUUAAUAAACUAUCUCCUUUGUUUGAUUCUAAUUCCGAAAGGAAGGUGCUAAAUGUUAGAGUUAGCUUCAUUCUUCUGGUAGCUAGGAAAUACCCUCGAAUUGUUAAGCUUCAUUUUAUGCCGUUUAACUGCAUGAGUUGGGCUACAUAAAAGAUCCUAUUCUAAAAU